AUGCAUCUUCCCAGUGGCACUCGCAUGUGCCUCCUGCUCGCCUUUGCCUUUCUCCUCAUCACCACCGAGUACCCGGAGUUCAGUCGGGUAAAGGGUCCCGGAGUUAUUAGUGGGCGUGGCGCCAAGGAUCCCAACUCCAUUUCCUCAAAUCUUGUCUCUGAAGAGUCUGGUGCCUUAGAGGCCUACGAUGAACCGGAAGGUGGCGAAAUGGGCUCAGACCUUCAACCGGAAACGACCAACAUUGGCUACCGGAGCACUAUUCUGGUAGAAGCCUGGGGCUACCGACGCUGGGGCGGCGGCUACGGGGGCUACGGCGGUGGCUGGGGAUAUCGACGAAGAUGGGGCUACGGAGGUAAGAGAAAAGAUGAUGAUGAUGAUAAUGAUGAUGAUUUGGGUUUUCAAAUNGGUGGCUGGGGAUAUCGACGAAGAUGGGGCUACGGAG